UUGAUAGGCCUACACUCUUAAGAUGUUCUGGCAUAAUUUCAUUUCAGUUGACAAUGUGCCUCCUGUGAUUAACUGCCCAGCCAACAUCAUUCAAGAAGUCACGACUGGCAAUCGGAAUGGAGUUGAAGUAACGUGGAAUUUACCCACAGCUACAGACAACAGUGGAUCUACGCCAACUGUCAUUCUGACCUCAGAUCAACAGCUGGGACCCGGUGCCUUCUUCCAGUUCGGAAGUUACACCAUUGCUUAUAGCGCCGUUGAUGGGGCAAGCAAUUCCGCCGAAUGUUCCUUUACUGUAACUGUUGUGGAUCGUGUACCACCUGUGAUCACUUGCCCAGCUGACAUCACCCAACGAGUCACGAUUGACAAUCGGAAUGGAAUUGAAGUAGAAUGGAGUCCUGCAACAGCCACAGACAACAGUGGAGCUGAACCAAAUGUCUUGCUGGGCUCAAAUGCACAACAAGGACCUGGUUCCUUCUUCCAGUUUGGAACCUACAGUAUUCUCUACAUUGCCUCAGAUGGGGCAAGCAAUUCCAGGACAUGUUCUUUUACUGUGACAGUUGUUGACAAUGUGCCUCCUGUGAUCAACUGCCCAGCCAACAUCAUUCAAGAAGUCACGACUGGCAAUCGGAAUGGAGUUGAAGUAACGUGGAAUUUACCCACAGCUACAGACAACAGUGGAUCUACGCCAACUGUCAUUCUGACCUCAGAUCAACAGCUGGGACCCGGUGCCUUCUUCCAGUUUGGAAGUUACACCAUUGCUUAUAGCGCCGUUGAUGGGGCAAGCAAUUCCGCCGAAUGUUCCUUUACUGUAACUGUUGUGGAUCGUGUACCACCUGUGAUCACUUGCCCAGCUGACAUCACCCAACGAGGCACGAUUGACAAUCGGAAUGGAAUUGAAGUAGAAUGGAGUCCUGCAACAGCCACAGACAACAGUAGAGCUGAACCAAAUGUCUCCCUGGGCUCAAAUGCACAACAAGGACCUGGUUCCUUCUUCCAGUUUGGAACCUACAUUAUUCUCUACAUUGCCUCAGAUGGGGCAGGCAAUUCCAGGACAUGUUCUUUUACUGUUACAGUUGACACCAAUGAAAGAUCUUGA